AUGUCAAAGGCGAAAGCUCUCAUUCCAAAACUUCGAAGAAAGAUGGGACUUCCUUUUCCAGGGAUCUGGGAAGGACUAGUCAAACCCCGAUGCAUUGUGGGCUUCACUGGGAUUUUCAAUAUGGCGGCAAAACGCGACAAGCAAACAACUCUUAACUGGAAACCAGUCCAGAGAAAACCGUUUGACAACAGCCGUGUCAUCCGAUUCAAAUGCUCGCUUCAAAAUACUAUUUUGGAUGUUCUUCGCUCAAAAGGUUGGACGGAAAUCCGAGAGGAAGGUGAAUGGGAUUUCUACUGGUGUGAUGUGGGCUGGAUGAGAGAGAACUUUGACCAUAUGUACAUGGAAGAACAUGUCAAGAUCUGUCAUUUCAGGAAUCACUAUGAGUUGACACGAAAGAACCUCAUGGCAAAAAAUAUGAAGAGACUGAAGAAACAAAUAGAGAGAGAAUUUGGAAAACUUGAAGCUGCUAAGUGUGAUUUUUUCCCAACCACAUUUGAACUUCCGAUGGAGUAUCACAUAUUUGUGGAAGAAUUUAAAAGAAACCCAGGCACAACAUGGAUUAUGAAGCCUGUGGGCAAGUCUCAAGGAAAGGGAAUUUUCCUGUUUAGAAAACUAAAAGAUAUCAUGGACUGGAAAAAGGAAGACCCUUAUAGAGCAGCCAUGCAGGAUGACAGGAAAGAUGAGAAAGAAGCACCAGAGGCAUACAUUGUACAGCGUUAUAUUGAAGAUCCAUAUUUAAUAGGAAGUAGAAAGUUUGACUUAAGAGUUUAUGUUCUGGUGACAGCAUAUGCUCCAAUGUGUGCCUGGCUUUACAGAGAAGGCUUUGCAAGAUUUUCAAAUACAAGGUUUUCUUUGGACUCGAUAGAUGACACAUAUGUACAUCUCACUAAUGUCGCCAUCCAGAAAACAGCUCCUGAUUAUGAUGCUGAAAAGGGUUGCAAGUGGUCUCUACAGCAGCUCAGAAGAUAUCUUGUGUCAAAACAUGGCAUAGAAAAGGUUGAAGCUUUGGUUAGAGACAUGGAUAACAUCUACAUCAAAAGUAUACAAGCUGUACAAAAAGUAAUGAUAAACGACAAGCACUGCUUUGAGUUAUAUGGUUAUGAUAUUCUAGUCGACUCCAAACUAAAACCUUGGCUGAUUGAAGUGAAUGCCUCGCCUUCGCUGACUGCCAGUAGUCAGUCUGAUUAUGAGCUCAAGUGUCGUCUGUUGGAGGACAUGUUGCAUAUCAUUGACAUGGAAAACAGAUUGACUGGCCGUGAGAAGCGUGUUGGCGGUUUUGACUUGAUAUGGAAUGAUGGCCCAGUGUACAUGGACGACACCAGUGGCGCAGACUGCAUUCCAAAUCCUUCUUAUCCUACAAAUACGUUCUUGGGGUGCGACAACAGUGAUCGUGACAAACAGCUCAAACAGGUUUUCAAGAAUGCCCAGUCUGUAAAGAAGUCCUGAUAACUGAACCCAGUCUGUAAAGAAGUCCUGAUAACUGAACCCAAUCAGUAAAGAAGUCCUGAUAAGUUAACCCAAUCUGAAAAGAAGCCAAGUCCUCAUAACUGAACCCAGUCUGUUAAGAAGUCCUGAUAACUGAACUUGUCCUGUCCAUCGUAUUAAACGAAGCACUGGCUGCCAGUUAUUUGUUUUACAAUGCCGGUCCUGGACAACGUUGCGAGCCAGAUCGUUGAAGGAAGCGUGUGUUCACAGUUAUGUUCACAGCGGUAAAACGCAACAAUUCAACGUCACUUGAUUUUUGGUUUUCGCAGCCUCGAAAAUUGUUGGGUUGAGCUUGAAGCAA